UACAUUUUUGGUUUCUCCUUGAUAUAAAAACUCUAAUGGGAUUCAUAUUCCCAUGCAGUUACACGUUGCAUACUCAGACAUAACAUCUACACAUGCCAUGAGGAUGCAAAUGAGUUGUUGUUUUUUAUUUACGGCCUUAGCUGUUGGCGCGGCAGAUGAUUUUAAAUAACCAAUCAAUCCUGGUUUACGAGUCGUCUUAACACGUCCGAUUUCCGACAGAUGGCGGAGGGCGGCGAGGGAGGCAUGCUCAGCGACGGCGGCAGCGGCGUCUCGGGCGGGACCGCGGUGGCGACUGGCGGCUCGGGCGGGAAGAUGUUCCAGUGCCAAUACUGCUCGUACGUGACGGGUCGAAGGUACGACCUGAACCGCCACAUGCGCACGCACACCGGGGAGAAACCUUGGUCGUGCCCUUACUGCAAUCACCAGUUCGCCCUCAAACACAACCUCAAGAGUCACCUCAGGACACACAAGAGAAAUUAUCAGCAACUCCUGUGAAAGGAAAAGAAAAGAGAAGAAAAAAAUGGUGGGAGGCGACGCACGGUGAGAGUAACAGAUUCCGUAAGCUUUGUGUGAGUUUUUUUUCCUUUUUUUUAUUAGAUACGCGAGAUUUCUGGUUUCUCUAUACCCGGUGAUAAUAAUCUCGUUUUUAUAUUUUUAAGUUACCUAAAUACCUAUUUUAACGGUACGCUGAUGGUGUUACCGUUAUUGCUAUUGUUAUUAGUGUUUCAUUAUCAUUAUGGUUUUUA